CGAUUUUUCUUGUUUUUAUUCUACAAUUUGUAACAUGGCGGGCCGUCGUACCGUGUGUUUAUUUGGGAUAUUUCGGUCUAAAUUCUGUCAAGCUGCUCUAUUGAAAUCUUCUAAAAGAUUAUUUAGCUUACAAAAUACGGUUUCUAAAAGGUCUUUUAGCUCCCAAAGUAUAGUUUCUAAAAGAUUGCUAAGUUCGCAAAAUGCAUUCAAAAUCCCACCUUCAUCGGUACAUUUUAAUGCUUCCAACAAAGUUUUGUUUUGUACUCACAAGUCUAGUGAUAUAAAAAUAUUAAAUGAUGAAAUAUUAAAAGUUAGCAUGGGGAAGCAGUCAUCUAAUUCUGGUGAAGAGGACACAAAAAAGCCUGAUGAAAAUAAAAAGAAUGAUGCUUUUUCUCGAAAGAUGAUGAAAUUGACUUUUUUAGCUUUCGGAUCAGUGUUUACAACACUGAUUGGAUUCGCUAUUUACGAAUGGGGUGCUCCUCCAACAGAUGAAGAUGGAAACAUUGUAGAAGAUGAAUUUAGUAAUAUGCCAACAUUCAAAGCUUAUUUAUAUAGAACUUAUAAAGAAAUAGUAUAUUACAAUAAACUAAUUAAAGAACCUUCGAGAGAAAAAUUGUUGCCAGAUCCUCUGACUGAACCUUAUUAUCAGCCUCCUUAUACUUUAGUUUUGGAAAUGACUGGUGUUCUUGUGCAUCCUGAUUGGACUUAUCAAACAGGAUGGCGUUUCAAAAAAAGACCAGGCGUCGAUUACUUCCUUCAACAAGCUGGACCACCACUUUUUGAAAUAGUUAUUUACACAAGUGAACAAGGUUUUACAGCAUUUCCAAUAAUUGAUACCUUAGAUCCUAAUGGUUAUAUAAUGUACCGGUUAUUCAGAGAUGCAACCAGGUAUAUGGAGGGGCAUCAUGUUAAGGAUUUGUCCUGCUUGAAUAGGGAGCUGUCUAAAGUAAUUUUCAUAGAUUGGAAUCAUCAGUCAUUCAAGCUCCAACCUAGAAAUGCCCUCAAGCUCAAACGAUGGACAGGAAAUGAUGACGAUAAGACUCUGUAUGAUCUAGCUAAUCUAUUAAGAGGUAAGCUACCUAUAGCAACUCAAAUUACAUCAUAAAUUAGAAAAAUGAAA